AUGAAUAUUAGUCGAGGGGAAAUAGUAUCGGCUGCUGAUCUGCCUUUGGAGACUUUUCUUCCGUUAGUUGUUCUCGUUGGUAUUAUCGUCUAUUGCUUGGCAAUCGCCGCCGUUGUCCUCGUUAUCUACGCAAAAUACCCGCAUCGGCUCAAGCAAUCUGCGGCACCGGCAGUACUGACAAGUAUGGUCUCAUUUGCGGAUUGCUCUGGUGUUUUGCAAUGCUUACCGUGCACAGACUGUAGUUUUCGAAACGUUCUCAAGGCAUGCUGUCCUAAUACGGAGUCCUUACGUCGUCUGAUCAGCUGCGAAUGCGUCCGACAACAUCUAGAAGGUCGGCAACCCGGUGCUAGUUCAGGGUGCUGCUUCGUCGUCGAUAAUCCUUAG